AUGACGAUUUCGGUAAAGGAAGAGUUCAAACGAACAUGGGUCAUCUCCACUCUGGGCGCAAUUCUUACAGUCGGCGGAAUCUGGUUGUUAAUUUGGAAUGAAGGACGGGCCGUACACCACGGCAACUCAUUGGAUGAAGCUUUUAACAACGUGGUCCCUUUGAACAUCUACGAGCCUGUACAAGCAGAACUAGACGGAAGAUUAGUCCACAUCAGUGGAAAUCUCCUGAUUGAUGAACCCCUAACCGAACCGGAGUAUACCAUCGCAAUACAAGCAGUGAAACUGAAACGUCGCGUUCAGAUGUUUCAAUGGGUUGAGGAGAGGGUGUUGAGCAAUUAUGCGGAUACAGAUGCGCAAUAUUCAGAGAGCGCUCGAAAUCGAGAUGAUUCAGAUUAUUACUACGUCACCGAAUGGAGAGAUAAGCUUGUCGACAGCAGCAGUUUCUACAUACGGCAUGGACACCAAAACCCCAAAGAAAUGAUGCUCAAGUCACACAUCUACAUCUCGCCUUCUGUUCGCGUAGGAGAACUGACGAUAGGAUCGGAAAUCAAGGAUAAAUUCAACGACUAUCAGGAGAUGACCAGCGACGAGCGACCGGAUAGAAGAGAUAUCAAACUGCAUCUCGGAAUUUAUUAUCAUUCGCAUGACGUGUGGAAACCGGAAGUCGGAGAUAUUCGCGUUCAGUUUUACUCAGCAGGUCAUAAUGGUGACCCGGUGACCAUUGUGGCAAUGCAAAAAGACGGUAACUUGGUGCCUUUCACCACCUCGAAAAAUCACCAGAUUGCGUUGUUACGACACGGCUUGUUCAAUAUUAAACAAAUGUUCGAUUAUGAACAUUCGGAUGUUCGUUUCGAGACAUGGAAAAUGCGUAUCGCGGGUGUUUUCGUCCUUUAUGCUGCCAGUGUUUUUCUAGCACCAGUAAUUAGGGCUUUCACUGUGAAACUACCGCGGCAUUUGGCGCUCGCUGAAAUUCCGCCUUCAACUAGCUUUACGAUCGCGUUUUCCGUUGCACUUUUCGUGCUUUCCACAGCGUGGAUCGCUCAUCGUCCAUGGAUCGGAGUCGGGCUUUGCACAGCGUCGUUUAGCCCUUUGAUAUAUACGCUGAUGUCGAUUUACGGGCGCUGAUG